CGGACUCGAUGCAGCCAAUCACUGCUGAGAGAGCGUUGAUCGACAGAACUGAAAAUGGCGGAAAGCAGCGCGGAAAUCACAUUCAAAAAUGAGACGGUAAGCAAACUCCUGUCAAGCUUCUUCAAGGAGGAGAAAACUAAAGUCGGUGCCGAUGCUGUCAUCCUUAUGGCAGAGAUGCUACAUGUGUUUGUUCAAGGAAUACAGACCCUGACUCUUUGUUGCUCAGAAGCUGCACAAAGAACGAUAAAACAGGCUGAGGCAGAGGACUGUGACAGAUUGGACAUAGAACACUUUGAGAAGAUCCUGCCUCAACUGCUGUUGGAUUUCUAGUAUGACUUCAGGCCAGAAGAUGGAGCCAGAGAGCUAUCCAGUCCUCAAUUCAUAAUUUGAGAGAUUGACCAACUCUAGGGGGACAAUGGAAGUAAAGAAAAAGGCUUUUGUUUUGUUUGUAAAAGUAAAGAAGCACUUUUAUUUACUUCCAUUGUCCUCCAAGAUUGGUUGAAUCUCCUCUACUUCUUAAUUCAUGCUUGGAGAUGGUUGGAGAGAGGUAGGAGCGGUGCUCCCUUCCCCCAGUCCUCCAUUCAGCCCAUUUCGGAUAUUAUAUUGUAAUUAUUUGAGUUACAUUACACACGGUCUCUAAUGAACUCUGUACAUUUUGCCUCAGUUUGUUGUUUGAAAUAAUUUGAAACCAUUGCUAACUAAUAAAAGUUGUAAGUUUUUUUUAAAGCAUGCAACAUCAGUCUGUGACACCGAUUUUCUUGGGGAGACAUGUAUUGAAAACCUACAAGUGCUUUAUUCUAAUCAGUUGUGUGAUAGGAAUUCCCAUCUAGUACUCCAGCAGCACUGGGGGAGGAUCUGGUGUUUGACAAUAAAACAGUGACCUUAUUGGGACAGCACUUUGGAUUAGAAAUGAUACAAUGACUGAGGUUAAGGUGCAGACAGGCCGCUUUCAUUUGAGAGUUUUUAAAUUCAUAUCAGGUGAAACGCUUUGAAAUGAAUGUUUUUUUGUACAUAGUUCCCCCUUUGUUGGGGACCAAAAGUAUUGGGACAAAUUCAGUUGUGUAUUAAAGUAGUCAAAAGUUGAGUAUUUUGUCCUAUAUUCCUAGCAUGCAAUGAUUACAUCAAGCUUGUGACUCAACAAACUUGUAGGACGCAUUUGCUGUUCGUAUUGGUUGUGUUUCAGAUUCAUUUUGUGCCCAAUAGAAGUGAAUGGUAAACAAUGUAUUGUGUCAAUUUGUAGUCACUUUUAUUGUAAAUAAGAAUAGAAUAUGUUUCUAAACGAUUCUACAUUAAUGUGGAUGCUGCCAGGAUUAUGGAUAGUCCUGAAUGAAUCGUGAGUAAUGAUGUUAGUGCAGACUGUCAGAUUUAAUUUGAGGGUAUUUUCCACGUUAAUGUGGAGGAUACCAUGAUUACGGAUAGUCCUGAAUUAAUCGUGAAUAAUGAUUAGUGAGAAAGUUAGAUGCAGAAAUAUCAUACCCCUAAGAAAUGCUAACAAUAAUAAUACAACACCGUUACAUUAAUGUCAGGUUAGCAUUAUUUGUGAGGUUAUGAUAUUUGUGCAGCUUUCUCACCAAUCAUUAUUCAUGAUUUAUUCAGGACUAUCUGUAAUCAUGGUAUCGUCCACAUUAAUGUGGAAAAUACCCUCAAAUGAAAGCUUACAGUCUACUAUAACCUCAUGGUCAUUGUAUCAUUUCAAAUUCAGAGUGCUGGAGUACAGAGCCAAAACAACAACAUAAUGUGUCCCAGUAAUUACGGAGGGCACUGAAAAUGUUUAUAUGUAUUUAAUACAAUAGAAACAGAAACCAGGGGCCAUGUUCAGGCCUAAGAAACAUUACAGAACAUUUACAUAGACAUUGUGUGGAACAGAUAUGAUUGUCUUAUGCAUUAAGGUCACUGUUUGUACAUUUCCUAUUAAUAGACUUCAGAUGAUCUUAGCUCUAAAGAUGAUCUUUAUGUUUUUGGGAACCUUCACCCCAGAAAGUUUUUCAUAAAUGAAUACACCCCA